GUCACUUUUUGCUUUUAUGCUGAACAAUAUCUACUUUUUUAACUCGUUGUCCCCAUUAAAACGGCGAAGUUUUGACGAACUAACUCGUAGGAACGUCAGCGUGACUUCAUGCCGAGCAGGUGUGGAACCCUCCCCGCUUCUUGUGCUGAUAUCCCGCCCCCCUUCCUCCCGGUGAGCCAUCAUGUCCCAGACCAACGCCUCGCUCCUGAACGAGGUGGUGCAGUGGAGCCAGGAAACCUGUCGCCAGGAGCUCAAGUCCGUCCUGCCCAAGCUCACCUCUUUGCAUUGCCAGUCUGACAGCUGGGAGGACCAUAUACGUGUACUGAGAAUAAUUACAGACAUGUUCCUCCCACAUAUUGACCUCUCAGAAAUUGAAAAUGAGUGCUUCUCCAAGAUCUUACCAAAGUUAGUGACCAUGUUUGACAGCAUGCUGAAAGAAAUUGUGGACCAAGUUGGAGGUCUUUCAAGCCAAAACACUGAGCUGUGUGACUUACUGAGGAGCAUCUUGCAGGCAAUGAUGCAGAUAAUUGAUGCAUUAUCGUGUUGCGUGCGUCACAUCGGCUCUUUUCAAGAAGCUCCAGAUCUGUGUGCUAUCCGCUCACUACCAGUGUGUAUCCUCAAAGUCCUGAGAGAAACCUUUCAGCACUGCAAAGACAGUGAUGCGGUUUAUUGCGGCCGCCUGUCCCUGGUGGCUGACCUGCUGCAGGGACUUUUCAAGGAGGCCUAUUCCCUUCAGAAGGGCUUGUUGGACCUGCUGGAUCGGAUCUCCCUCAGCAGCAGUGCCUCUGAGGAGGAGGUGUCAGACAUUGUCACAGUUAUCCAUAGUCUUCUGGACAUCUGCUCCAUCAUCUCCAACCUGGACAUUGCUCUGCAUGCAAACACGUGGAAGUUCCUUAUCAAACAGAGCCUGAAGAAUCAGUCGUUGGUUGAAGAGCAUCUACAUCAUGGUGAUAUCAGCCGCAGUCUGAGCGACAACCUGCUGUCCUCUUUUCAGAGCUGUGUAGAACUGGCUGGACAGAUUCAAUAUGCUGGACUGCAGGAGACGCCACAGAGCCCAGAAGUCAAACUGUUUCAGAAAACUGCGAAGAUGUGCAGAUUUUUUGCCAACACCCUGGUUCAUUAUAUAAAGGAAUUCAAAUAUUUUCUGGUAAAGCACUGUGGCUCCUUUCACCAGCUGUACCUUCAGAUCAUAAGUAAAUUUCCUCCCAGCAUCAGCGCGCCAGCGCUGCCCGCAGGUCUGUGUGAAGAGCUGAACGCAGCAGCUCGCGUUCCCAUGGACGCCUUCUUGCUCCAGCUGCUGCCACUAAAGCCUUUUGCUGAAGUUGUGCUCCAGCAGGAACUACAGUUGAGUCCUGAGCAGGAGCUUCCUCAGUGUCUGCUGCUGGUCAACAUCAUGGGGCAGAUGGCCGACCAGCCAGAGGAGGUGCUGCAGCUUUGGCACACUGGCAGCCAGUUUUCAGAGGAGACGCCGAGGCUUCCUCUUUACCAGGCCAUUUUUACGGCUUUCCGGCGAUGCCACACUGAGCGCCAGCUGCCGGUGCAGUUGCCAGGGGUCAUGCUGAAGGGUCAAGCCCAAACCCAGGUCUCGCUCCACCACCAUGUGUGUGUGCAGCUCUGCGCCAGUGUGGCUGUGCUUCCACCUGUGUACUUCCCCAUGCUGGAGCGAUGCUUGCUCGACGCGGUGCUGCAGGCCGAUACUCACACAGCGCUCCUGGCAACAGAUGUGUGGUGCUUCAUGGCACGGUAUGGAACGGCAGAGCUUUGUCUUCAUCACGUGCUGCUCAUCGCUCGGCUGGUGAAAUUGUGCAGUGCUGAGUGUUACCAGUCCUUCCACCUGGGCUUCCUGCUGAAACGCAUGGUUUUCCUUAUGACACCAAACCACCAGGUGGAGUUGGUGACACAUUUUCCUCCGUCCAAGGUGGAGAACCUUCCCGUGUGGCAUCAGGUCGUCCUCAGAGCUCUUUCACGUGACACACAUCAGCUUGUAGAAACUGAAAUCAUCUCACAUGCUCAGAAAGUCCUCACUGACUGGCAGAACGAGGGAUACAAGCUGGGACAAGUGGAGAAAGUGAAUGUGGUGCUGUUAUCCCUCCUAGUGGUGCUUCGAGGGCAGUCGUCUCCGGAGGAGCAGUGUGUGCUUUCUGCAGUGAGGAUAGUCACACAGCUUUGGCUGCGAAUGAACCCGGACCAGUUGCAGGUCCACCCCGUGCUCCAGUGUACUCUGCAGCAGCUCUUACCGCUCUCAUCCAUCCUGGUGAAAAACAUGGAACCCGAAGUCAUUGCUCAUGCGCUGUCGUGCGUAGAAGCAGUGGUUUCCCUGAAGUGUGGCGAUCAGCUUCUGCUGGCUGCGCUGGAGUUCCUCUCCUCUCUGGGGAAGAUCUUUAUUCCUCCUGAAUCCCAGAGUGAAAUUCUUCCGAGGCUGAGUGGCCUGUUUGGAUUCCUCUUGGCUGACUCAUCAUGGUUGCUGCAUCAGCAUGCCUUGGAGGCUUUUUCGUAUUUCGCUGAGAAUACAAACCACGAAGAGGUGAUCUCCCAGAGUUUGUCUGCAGAAGACACGAAGACCAAAGUGGUGAAUUAUCUCAGCAAGACCGUGAAUGCAGAAGAAGAGGUGGGGUCACGGCUCCAGAGGCUCCAACAGGAGAGGCCAACUAUUGAACAGCACAAUGAAAAGCUCGAGCUCAACAAAGAAAAUGCCUCCAACAAACGAGCUGCUGAAGCAUCUGUAGAUUCAGAGCUGUGCCCGAAGAGAGCUCGACAGGAGACCAGUAGCGAGGAUGAGUACAGCCGCUACCUCCAGGCUGCUGAGAGUGCCUUAAAGGCCCUUCAGGCUCUGGCUGAGCGUCAAGCCGGCAGCACUUCACCACCUCCACACUGGCUGCAAUCCAGACUGCAGGAGCUUCAGGCCCUCAUAACCCAAAUCAGCACAUCGUAGCAGCUCCAAGUCUCAGAUUAUUAUCUGUCUGUACAACCUAAUCUUUGAUCCUUCUCAAUGUUUCCUCACUAUCGACUGCUGCUGAUUUCUUUCCCCCCAAAUCCUUUUGACUGUUCAUUUGUUAAGUUUUAUUAAACAUUUUAU